AUGCACCCUCAGGUGGCCGGUGAUUCCACGGUUACGGCGGCCCUUGUCCGCGAGUCAUGCAAAAACUCGGACGUGCGCUCGACAGUCAUCGCGGCGCCGGACGAGAGAGCAGACAAGCAGACGCUCCCUGAUACCCAGACUCCGAUUCUAACAGCGCCGUUGACAUUCCUCCUCCAGAUCUGCUGUUUUGGGUAUGCGACCUCCUUCGGAGUCUACGAAGACUAUUAUACUCGAGUGUACCUCUCGAACGUGUCUUCGUCCACUAUAUCUUGGAUUGGCAGCAUCAACGCCUUCAUCAUGGUCUCUAUGGGCGUUUUUGUCGGGAGACUGUAUGACCGUGGCUACUUCUAUCAGCUCAUCUACGGCGGAGCACUCCUGCUCUCGUUCUCGCUGUUCAUGCUAUCGCUCGCCAAGCCUGGGCAAUACUACCAGAUUCUGCUAAGCCAAGGGAUAGGGGUAGGGAUCGGUGGUGGUCUCAUUUACCUCCCCUCGAUAUCCAUCGUGUCGCAGUACUUCCAACAGAACCGCGCGAUUGCGAUGACCAUCGUGGCUGCGGGCUCUUCCGUUGGCUCAGUCGUGCAUCCAGUCAUGCUCAACAACACGCUCGACCGGCUUGGCUUUGCAACGGCGGCGCGCGCAAACGCCGGCCUCGUCACGGGGCUACUGCUCAUCGCGUGUCCAAUGAUGCGGCUGCGAUUCAAGCCGUCAAUUGGUGGGGACGCGUGGGCCGAUACGUGGCGCGCUGCCCGCAAGUUCUCCAAGGAUCCGGCAUACAUUUUCGGGACGUUCGGUGUGGGAACGUUCAUCAUCUGCUACUACUUCCCUGAGUUCUAUAUUCAAUUAGACUCGCAGACGCACGGCCUCGGAAGCUCCUUCUCCUUCUACGCGCUCGUAAUCCUCAACGGAUGCAGCGUCCUGGGCCGUCUGUCCGCGGGGCUUAUUGCGCAACGCUUCGGCGUCACAUGGACCGUCGCGCUGUUCUCGUUCAUCUGUGUCGCCUGCACCUUCGGCUUCAUCGGGCUCUCCUCCGUCACCAGCGUCGUCGUCAUCGGCGUCAUCUUUGGGUACUUCGCAGGAGCUUACGUCGCUCUCCUCGGGCCUUUCUUUGCGGCGCUCGCAGACGAUGUUUCAGAGAUUGGCGCGCGCUUGGGCAUCGCAUUCUUCUUCGCCGGAGUGGGAAGUCUCAUCGGCGGUCCAAUCAGCGGCGCCUUGCUCACUUCCCAGAACGUCUGGUGGAAGCCUGCCGUGUUCUCCGGAGUCGUCGGCCUGUUUGGGAGCGGGUGUUAUCUCGUCUCUGCAGUGCUUCAGUCACGGUCACAAACCGCCCAACGGAAGACCGCAGGGUCUGAGACAAAACGCAGUGCAGAGGAGAAGAUCUAG